CGGCCGGUGACGGCUACGGAUCUGAAGCACAGCUUUAUACAUCGAGGAGAAACUCGCGUGUGAUUUGGUCAUCAAUUUGUUGGCGAACAAUUUCCGCGCCUUCGCCACGUUGGCGAGAAAUGCACGAGGGCGCGCCCGAGGUUGGCAAGGCGAGCCAAAAUAGGUAACGGACCAAACAGGGACCAAAAAUCAUGGGCAUGACCAAUUUAUUGGUAAGGCCAGUUUUGGUAACGAUCCAAACAGCCCCCAAAUGUUAGUGGUGGCGUUGGAUUUCCUUCCACUGCCUUCAGUCACAAACUGCAAGAGAAAUUCUAACUAAAACCUCCAAAUGUGGAAUUCAGUGAUGCUUCUUCCCUUUUUGCCUCUGAAGUAUAUGUACCGUUCAAAUCUUUCCAACAGCCCCUAUGUGUUCUGUCCGGUCCAUUUGCAGCAUAGCAGAUAAGUCUUGGACGCUUCAGUUAUACAGUCCCGUGGAGUUAUAUGUUUGCCAUUUUCUGUAGAACUAAACAUAUGCCAACCAUUGCGAAGUUUGGUCGAUAGGACAUGCAUGGAUUGUAGUGUACUAACUGAAGACAAGACAAACAACAUAUGACCACAAGCUUCUCCUCCUCUGAAAAAUGUGCUUCUCUUUAUUCAGACUCAUUUAACAUCACCCUUGAUGUGGUUGAAACUUGUAGGAAAUGUUUUUCUCACUGCUAAGCAAACAUCAGCACAUCUUUAAAUGAUUUUCAGCUGGAACAAUUGGGAAAUUAACAACGGUUCUGAAACAUUACGGUGCACGUGUCAGCGGUCGGCCCUGACAAGAUGAGGGUGACAUGGAUCACCGACGACGACGCGCCGGCAACAGUCGACUACGGCACAACUUCAGGUCAGUACACGUCCUCGGCGACCGGAACCACCACCACUUACUCCUACGUCCUCUACCACUCCGGCAACAUCCACGAAGCCGUCAUCGGGCCACUGAAGCCCAGCACGACGUACUACUACCGGUGCGGCGGCUCAGGCCCAUCAUCACGCGAGCUCUCCUUCCGGACGCCACCGUCAAGCCUCCCCUUCACCUUCGUCAUCGCCGGCGACCUGGGCCAGACGGAGUGGACCAACUCGACGCUGGCCCACAUCGCCGCCGCCGACUACGACAUGCUGCUGUUCCCGGGGGACCUCUCGUACGCCGACACGUGGCAGCCGCGGUGGGACUCGUUCGGCCGGCUCGUGGAGCCGCUGGCGAGCUCGAGGCCAUGGAUGGUGACCCAGGGCAACCACGAGAUCGAGAAGAUCCCCGUCGUCGAGCGGACACCAUUCAUAGCCUACAACGCGCGUUGGCGGAUGCCGUUCGACGUCUCCGGCGCCGGGUCCUCGGCUCCGGCUUCGGGGUCGAACCUCUACUACUCCUUCGAUGUGGCCGGCGGCGCCGUGCACGUCAUCAUGCUGGGCUCCUACGCCGACUUCGGCACCGGGUCGCCGCAGCACGACUGGCUGCAGCGUGACCUCGCAGGGAUCCACAACCGUGGCAAUGGCAACGGCAAGGCGGCGCCGGCGUUCGUGGUGGCGCUGGUGCACGCGCCGUGGUACAACAGCAACGAGGCGCACCAGGGGGAAGGGGACGCCAUGAGAGCUGCCAUGGAGGACCUGCUCUACGGGGCGCGCGUGGACGCGGUGUUCGCCGGCCACGUGCACGCCUACGAGCGGUUCGCGCGCGUCCACGGCGGCGGCGACGGCGAGGAGGACCCCUGCGCGCCGGUGUACGUGACGAUCGGCGACGGAGGGAACAGGGAAGGGCUCGCGGAGGACUUCGUGGAGCCGCAGCCCAAGGCGUCGGCGUUCCGGGAGGCGAGCUUCGGGCAUGGCAGGCUGCAGGUGGUGAACGCGACGCACGCGCUGUGGGCGUGGCACCGGAACGACGAUGACCAGCCUGUGGUGGCUGACCAGGUCUGGAUUACCAGCCUCGCGUCCAACCCGGCUUGUAAGAAGAAAUGAUCGAAUUUGCUGUAGUAGCUCUGGAUUGAGGCUAAUUAAACACGGUGAUAUAUAUUGCUGUAUUGUCGCUGGUUGCUACUUGCUAGCUGGCUAGACUGUAAUUCUUGUUGAUCUCCGUCUCUCAUGUAAAUACCCGCACCAUCUUUAUUGGUUUAAUGCGUGCCCUCAAAAAAAUAUUGGUUUAAUGCGUU